AUGCCGUCUGCAGUGGGAGUGCGCACUGGACGACGAGGAGCGGAGGAAAAGACGUCGAAACGGAAGAGACCAGAUACAACCGAGCCGCCAAAGAAACGCGCACGAUCCGACAGCGGGAGCAGCGCCCACGAUCAAGCCGAAGACGACGGCGAGGGCGACGAUCCCCAAGCCAAGAUCCUGCUUCUCGAGACAGCAAUCCUCGAAUCCAAACGAAACUACAACAACAUCACCGCCCUGCUCCACAUCGCCCGAGUCCAAGACAAUGACGAGGAUGAGGCACUGCUCGCCACCGUGGCUCUUUGCAGAGUCUUCAUCAGGCUCCUUGCUGCAGGCAGUCUUCUUAGGAGGAAGAACCUUGCCGAGAAGGAUGUCAUCCUAGUGCACUGGCUCAGGGACCGCUUGGCCGAAUACCACGAAGUCCUGCUGUCGUUCCUCACCAGCGACGACCACGCUCUGACCGCCCUGACGCUGUCCAUGCGGCUCCUCAAGGCCCACGGCCAGUAUCCCUACCGUGAGGGCGACGAGCACAGCUUCCCAAAGGUGCUUCUAAGAGAUGUCGUGGCCGCGCUGUGCCGCCCCGGGGCUGACCAGGUACGGAGGGAGUUUGUCGAAAAGUUUGUCGACGAGUACGAUGACAUAAGGCUGUAUACAUUCAAGGCCAUCCAAGACAAGCUUGCGGAGCAAGGCGCACAGUCAGGAUCGGGGUCGGGGUCGGGGCCGGGGCCGGGGUCGGGGUCAGAACAUGACGGGUCAUUUGAGGCGGUCUUCGAGCUGCUGUCCUCAAUCGAAGGCGUCCCACAAUCCCGCGAGGAGCUUGUCGACUUUUACGUUGACCCUACAAAGAAGCAAAAGGGCCACGAGCUCUUCUCGGUUUCGAAACACAAGAAAGCGGCGCAGGACGCAUGGCUGGCUCUAAUGGGCCGGGACAUGACGAGGGACCAGAGGAAACGCCUGCUUGACAUCAUGUCCAGGGUCAUUGCGCCGUGGUUCACCAAGCCAGAGUUGCUGAUGGACUUCCUUACCGACUGCUACAAUUCAGGAGGCUCCAUGUCCCUGCUUGCACUCUCCGGUGUCUUCUACCUCAUCCAGGAGCGGAACCUCGACUACCCGGCGUUUUACACCAAGCUGUAUUCCCUGCUGGAUGCGGACAUACUUCACUCGAAGUAUCGCUCUCGGUUCUUCCGCCUCCUUGACAUCUUCCUCGCCUCCUCGCAUCUGCCCGCCGCCCUCGUGGCAAGCUUCAUCAAGCGCCUGGCACGGCUCAGUCUGAACGCACCACCGAGUGCCAUCGUUACUAUCAUUCCUUGGAUGUACAACCUCUUCAAGAAGCACCCGACCACCACCUUCAUGAUACACCGGGUCCCACGGACGGAGGAGGAGAGAGAAAAACUCGCGACAGAGGGCAUGGAUGACCCCUUCGACCCUGACGUGCAGGAUCCCAUGGAGACGCACGCCAUCGACAGCUGUAUCUGGGAGAUUGUGCAGCUCCAGUCGCACUACCAUCCCAAUGUUGCCACUAUCGCUAAGAUUGUGUCCGAGCAGUUCACCAAGCAAUUUUACAACAUGGAGGACUUCCUCGACCAUUCGUACGCUAGCCUGCUCGAGGCGGAGCUGGGGAAGAACAUCAGAAAAGCGCCAGUGGUAGAGUUUCAGAUUCCCAAAAGGAUAUUCCUGCCGCAUAAUGCAGGCUCGCAGGCAGAGGAUAGUCUACAGGCAAAACUCUGGGCCUUCUCAUAA